GUAAUGGUGGGGAAAUCCCGCGUCCCUCAGCUCAGGUGAUCGACCGCACGACCUGAAAAUCCGGUAAAUUGAAAACGCGGUCUACACCUUCUCGUUCGCGUCAGAGACACGCUUCCUUCGCGUCAAACCUCUCUUUCUUCCCCAUUUUCCAAUUCAACCCUUGCACUCGCUCCACCAGACAAGGCCGCGCGCGCAAGCGACAAGAGCGCCGUCGGCCCAGCAAUUGAAGAAAAUCCCAAAAAUUGACUCGGUUGCUAUCGAUCGAUCGUCACAUUUCACCAAUCAACUGUUUGUUCAUCGCCUUCGUUAAAACAUCAAAUACCAUUUACGCAUACCCUAGUGCAUGAACCGUAUGCAGCGACCCUAAUUCGGCCAGAGCAACAAAGCCGGAUUACUUGCAUUGCUUCCUCCAGUUGUUCCAUCACCAACGUCACUGGUGACAUCCCUUCCCCCGAGCGUCAUUUUCGUCCGGAAUCAAAUAUCAUCGUGUCUCCCGCCGACUCUCCCGAUCCUUUCCGGCUCCGGCCACCGCCAGGCCAGACCAUGGUCAAGGCAGCAGCAGCAGCAGCCAGUGCCCCGGCUGGGCCUGGCAUCUACAGUGCGACCUACAGCGGGAUACCUGUCUACGAGUACCAGUUCGGAGUAGAUCUCAAGGAGCAUGUAAUGCGCCGACGUGUCGAUGACUGGAUCAAUGCAACACAUAUCCUCAAGGCCGCCGGCUUUGACAAACCCGCAAGAACUCGCAUUUUGGAACGCGAGGUGCAAAAAGAUCAACACGAGAAGGUUCAGGGCGGGUAUGGAAAGUAUCAAGGUACAUGGAUCCCACUGGAAGCAGGUGAAGCUCUCGCCCACCGAAACAACAUCUUCGACAGGUUACGGCCCAUAUUUGAGUUUUCUCCUGGGCCUGACAGCCCACCUCCGGCUCCACGACACACGAGCAAACCCAAGCAACCAAAGAAGCCAGCGGUGCCCAGAUUUAACAACAAAGCCCGCGCGGUAGCCAAGCAGGCAGCACCACCGAUACAUUACCAGCCCUCUUUACAUCCUCAGGAUGCAUACGAGAACGGAGACAUGUUGGUGGAUGAGGACGACACACCAGACAAUCUGACUGUUGCUUCAGCUUCUUAUAUGGCCGAGGACGAUCGCCCAGACUUGUCGCACUUUUCAACGGGACACAGGAAACGCAAGCGCGAAGAACCUACCGAGAGUAUGAUUGAGCAGCAGCAUAGAAUCUACGGCGAUGAAUUGUUAGACUACUUUCUGCUGUCUAGGAAUCAGCCGACGCCAGCCAUGCGUCCGGAGCCUCCCAUCAACUUUAGGCCAAACUUCCCCAUAGAUGCGGACCAGCACACUGCCCUCCAUUGGGCUGCUUCGAUGGGCGAUGUUGACAUUAUCAAGCAGCUUUUCCAGUUCAAUGCUCAGCCCGAUUCGAGGAACGUGCGGGGUGAGACGCCGCUCAUGAGGGCGGUCACGUUCACCAACUGCUACGAUAAACAAACCUUUCCUGUCGUGCUCAAGGAGCUCUUCCACACAAUCAACAUCCGCGACCUGUCAGGUUGUACCGCCAUUCAUCAUGCGGCUAUUCUUAAAGGCGGUCGCGUCCACAGUCCAACGUGUUCGCGGUAUUAUCUCGACAACAUCCUCAAUAGGCUGCAGGAGACACAACAUGACCCAAACUUUGUCCAGCAGCUUCUCGACGCCCAGGAUAAUGAUGGCAACACAGCUGUUCAUCUUGCUGCGCAGCGCGGUUCGAGCAAAUGCAUUCGUGCCCUCCUGGGCCGUGGUGCCAGCACCGACAUUGCCAAUAACGAGGGCAUGAUUGCUGCAGAUUUGAUCAAGGAGCUCAAUGCCAGUAAGAAGUUGCGUUCUGUGCCGCAGAGAUCAUCCUCUCCAUUUGCACCCGAGUCGGCUAGGAGACAGGUUUCAUUCCGAGAUGCGUUGGCGGGUGAUGUCGGCGCCAUGACCAUUGGCGCGGCCAACAGCCACAGCAACAAGAUGACAGCCAGCCUCAAGUCGGAGGCCGCCCUUACCGUGCAGAACCGAAUCACACCUCUGGUCUUUGAGAAGUUCCACGAUCUGGCCAGGUCAUAUGAGGAUGAGUUUACGAUAAAAGACGAAGCCGAGCGCGAAGCCACCCGAAUCUUGGCGAACGCACAAGCAGAGCACGCCUCUUUAACAAGCAAGCUUGCGGAACUGGGAUCGCAGCUAUUACCGCCAGAGCAGGCUUUUGGCAUUGACGGUGAACUCGAAACAGUCACCGGCAAGGUCAAGGCAGUUGUUUCCACAUUGAACCGUCUUCAUGUUGAAGGCCUAGUGGAGCGGGAGCUGGACGCAAGCAUGAACGGCGAUUCCAACGGGAAUACCAACAGCAUUGAGGAGAGGCUCGCUUUGGCCAAUGAGCUCCGCUACCUCCUAGGCGAGCAGCAGAUGGCAGAGACGGAGUACAUUGAGGCACUCAGCAUGGUGGGCACGGGCGAGAAGAUCGACCAAUACCGGCGACUGCUCAAGAACUGUCUGGGUCCUUUGGCAGAAAACCUCGAUGAUAACCUGGAGGAGCUUGUUGCUAUUAUGGAAGAAGAGGUUUCAGAUGGCAUGGUGAAUAGUACUGCCAACGGCCAAUCAUCGGUAACAAAUGGCCUGGUGGGUGGCGAGACGAUGGACCUUGCGCCACCAACAUCGGCUCUGUAGAGCAAGGCCGGAACUUUAGCCUUGUGCCACACGCCUCCGCUACAAUUGCCUGAUGCUGGCGACUUUCCAAGCCGUGUUGGUCCUGCGUCGUUUGGUUCACCGAACUGGAGGUCUUCAUCGCCUCUUGCCUGGGUCGAUCUGUCGCCAGGAUUCUCACCAGUGUCUUCUCGGGGUUCGCCCAUGACUUCGCCACCGUCGCAGCUUGUAGAGAAAUGUGUCACGUCUAGCUGUCGGGGCGCAGCUUGAUAUUUUGGUGUUUUGCCUAGGGACUAGAAUCCUUACUGUCUGCAGUCAUGGUAUGAUCUUGUACUGUACGAUGACUUACUUCAUUUCAUUUGUGUUUUUAUCCCCUCUUUUUCUUUCCUGCUACUUAAUAGGAUUCUACAUGGGGAUUAUGAGGCGUUCAGGUGACCUAUUUUUGGGGGGACAAACAAGUCGCUAGUUCACUUUGUAGAAGUAUAGUAUAAAUACCUUCAGCGAACCACGG